UCUUCGUCGUUAAAAGCCACAAACUGCGACGAAAUUUAGUCAGAAAUUUUACGUUCACACUGAAGCGAACAUAUAUCCACCGAAUUCGUUUUUCAUCAACUGAAUGGAUCCUUUAACGUUUCUGGCGCUGUGCGUCUUCUGUUCAUUGGCUAAUUCUGGUCACCUUGUCCAAGCUGCUCCAGUCGCCGACCGACUACAACAAAUGACAACAGCUAUUGAGCCUUCCUUCAGUGAAGGACUGAUUCAUUUAUCCAACCUAUUUGAUUGUGUUACGAACUAUGACGAAAACAUCGGCAAUAGUCAUGAAGAUGAAAAUGCCACACUGCUCAUUCGAACGGCUCUUCAAUCAGCAUCGAAUUCGCUCAAUACGACGGAAAGUAUCUCAGCCCAACACUUGCAAAUGUACGAAGAGAACCUCUUUUCUUUGUCUGCUGAUAUCGCUGCAAAAGAAAAACAACUUCUAGUUGAGAAUAUGGAACUGGAACACUUGACGAACGCGAGCAAUUACUGGCAAUCAGAAGCCGAUAAACUGCGACAAGAAAUAGCACAGCUUGACGCCAAGGUGGCCGAAGCCGACCGAAGUGUCCACCAUUCUCAGAGAAGAAUUGACAGGAGAGUGAAGAACAGAUGGAAGUGGAUUACAGCCACAGUGCUUACUGGUGGACUAGCGUCACCUGGAAUUUAUUUCAACGAGAGAGACAUUAGGAGAUUUGAAAGAGAUCGCGAUGCUUGGAGGUCACAGGCAAACGAACGACGUCAUACACUUCAAGUAGCUGAAAAUAAUCAUCGCGAAAUUGUAAGCCGGCAGAAAGACACCGAACAGUCCAUUCGACACACACAGACCAGCCUUUCAUCCGCUCGACUCUCGCUGCAGGAACUGCAGAAGGAUUACUUGGUUUUGAGUAGCCUUGGUGCUGAAAUGCGAAACAUUUCCACGUUCUUAUUUUCUCUGAACGGCGAGUUGAGCGUUGUCCACGGUCAGCAGCAAUUGAUGGUGCUUUUUCAACCCUUGCUCGAGUCCAUUGAUAGUUUGAUUACUUUUUUAGAGAGCAAUGUCAACACGAUAGUUUUGUUAGCUAAUAAUGAGGCCGUGACCAAAAUUCGUGGUUAUCUUUCUUCGUUCCCUGUCAAGGAAGUACCAACUGUUGAGAGCAAUUCCGAUCCCUCCUCCCUUGCACAAGACAAAAUUGAUGACAGGAUUACGAUUCUCGAAUCUGAAUCUGAUGCCAAAAUUAAGCAGUUUCUUCUCGAUUCGGACGCUAGAUUGGAGCGAUUCCAACUAGAUUCUGACGCUACAUUGAAGCGAUUCCAACUAGAUUCUGAUGCUAAAUUGAAGCGAUUUCAGCUAGAUUCUGACCCUAAACGAUUUCAAUCCUUGUUUUCCUGAAAUUUUUGACCGAACUAUCAAUCCUCAUCCUUAAUCUUUCUCUCGUUAAGCCUCGUUAGGAACAACGAAGGACAAGAUUAGUAAUACUUAUUCGGGACCUUUCAUUGCAUUCAUUUUAAAUUCAAUUUUACUUUUAUUGCGUAGUUUGGCAGAUUAUUGGUUAGUUUGACAGACGAUUUGUAGAAGGAUUUUCCUUACACCGUUUCCAUGAUUUCUUAUGUUCUAACCAUCAAUUAAACAGUUUUUCAUUACUUGCCAUUUGGUUUAAAUGUACUAGAAACGUCAUUGAUUACAACAAGUCUUUUUAA